CAAAGGUCUGUCAAUGUCACAUAUUAUGUGUGUACUUAUUAAAUUUAAAAUUCAAUAUUGGAAAAUACGAAGUACAUGAAAACAAACAACAAUGAUUGUUGCAUUGUUGUAAUAACAAUAUUAUAUAUUAAUUUUCAUGCGGUAGAGUAUUAUAACUUUAACAACUAGGUAAUAGUUAAGGGGCAGAGAAAUAUAAUAAUAUAGCACAUGAUAUAAACAUUGCCACUGCCUCAAUCAUUCAAUAAAUUAUUAUUAUACAGGAAGAUAGAAUAAAAGUCAACGAGAAAAUAAAGAAUAACCAUGGAAAUCCUAAAGGAUAAUAACAUUAUGAGGGCAUGGUUAUGUCAGGCUCCAAAAAUAACAACUUUUAGAGUAAACAAAUUAUUAAGUUUUGAUGUGGGUGUCCUUAAAAAGUUUCUAGUAUCUCAAAGCAAAGAGCUGGAAACUACAGAACUACCUGACUUCUAUUUUUUAAGACCAGACUGCCUUAUUCUUGGACCAUGGCCUGCAGCUCGUUUGGAGAAGGCAGGUAAAGAGGUCAUAGUUGAUGCUCUAUGUGCUGCAGCUGUACUAAGGGGAGCUCAUGUGUUUGCCCCUGGGGUAAUGGGCUUACCUGUGAAUUGCCAAGUGGGUGAAAGAGUUGAUAUUUACGGAGACCUAGAAGGCCAUUGUAAAAGAGGCCUGAAAGUGGAAUAUACAGGUAGCAAGUUGUAUGUGGGUACUGGCUAUUUGAAAAUGUUACGUGCUGACUUAUUUGAUAAUGGUGUUCAACCAAGUGGAAUAGCAGUGCAUACAAUUUUACCAGCAUCCAAACUACCAGUAGUAAAUGAAACCAUAUAUUCUAAGGGACAAGUACUACUGCAAAACUUACCUUCUAUUAUCUGUGGCUGGGUCAUGGAUGCCAAACCUAAUGAAUAUAUUUUAGACAUGUGUGCUGCCCCUGGUAAUAAAACUACACAUUUAGCUGAAAUGUCUAAUGAUCAAGCAAUAAUAAUAGCUUUAGAUAAAACACCACAGAAGGCAGCAAAAAUAAAGGAAAGUUGCGAGAUUCAAGGAGUAACUUGUGUUACAGCUUAUGCAUUUGACUCAACUAAAUGUUGUUCUGAAGACAGUAAAGGGCUAAAUAGUGGACCUCCUUUUCCACCAAAUAGUUUUGACAAAGUGUUAUUAGAUGCCCCUUGCAGUGGGUUGGGACAAAGGCCGCAGUUAGUAAAUAAAAUGACUCCAAAAAUGAUAAGUUCAUACAAGUUUGUUCAACGAAAAUUAUUUGCUGAGGCAGUGAAAGUACUAAAAGCUGGCGGGAAACUUGUGUACAGUACAUGCACUAUAACAGAUGAAGAAAACGAAGGUAUGGUGGCAUGGGCACUUGAGAAGUUUCCAUGUCUCAAACUUAUACCUGCAGAACCAAUACUGGGUGGAGCAGGAUUACCCAAUAAAGGAUUAAAUGACACACAGAGGUUAAUGGUACAGAGAUUUGGACCGGAAGACAGUGAACUAAGGAUAGUUGAUCCUAUUUACAAGGAUUCCAUAGGAUUCUUUAUAGCAGCUUUUAUAAAAUCCUAAUCUAAAAUAAUAGAUAGAAAUAAAAGCAUGGAGCACACUACCUCCUGGAUAGAAAAAUAUCCAUAUUGGAGCUAAAUCUGAUGACUGAGAACAAAAUGAAAUUUCAGUGAAGGCAGAUCUACAAAUCUUAAAGUAAUAUAACAUAAUAUGGCUCUUAUUUUGUGAUGAAUGUACAAAAAAAUUGAUCAAUAAAUUUUUAUUAAAUACUAAUAAAUACUGUAGUUUUCAUAAGGUACCUUUCUUUACAUAGGUGUAUAAAUUAUUAUUUACGUUUUAAUUAUAUUUCAAUAUUAUUUGUGUAACAAACUUCAUUUUAAAUGCUUCUCUCAUCUUCUACUUGUACUUUGUUGUUCUACAAUAGGUAAAUUAUGUAAAAUAUAAUUUAAAUUUGAGUUUUACAUACUAAUAUAAAAACAAUAUUUAUAUGGCUUCUACACGAACCCACAGACCACCUCGGGCCUUUAGCAACAGAGAUCUCCUGUCAAACUGAAUUGGGUCUUCUGUCUUAUCACAUGCAGAGAAUCGGAACUUCUUCACGAGGUCAACCAUAGCCAGUUUCGCUGAUAACAUCGCGAAUCUCAGACCUGUAAUGAAAAGAUAAGGCAAUUAU